CACAGCCAUCACCAACAGUAACAAUUGCGCAUGGUACUGCAUAUGGCUCUGUUCCCUCAACAACAACUACAGCACAGCCAUCACCAACAGUAACAAUUGCACAUGGUACUGCAUAUGGUACUGUUCCCUCCACAAACACUCCAGCCCAACCUUCACCAACUACUUCAUAUGGUACGAUUGCACCUUAUACUGCACAUGGUACUGCUUCCUCCACAACAACUACAGCACAGCCAUCACCAACAGUAACAAUUGCGCAUGGUACUGCAUAUGGUUCUGUUCCCCCCACAACAACUACAGCACAGCCAUCACCAACAGUAACAAUUGCGCAUGGUACUGCAUAUGGUUCUGUUCCCCCCACAACAACUACAGCACAGCCAUCACCAACAGCAACAAUUGCACCUUAUACUUUACAUGGUUCUGUUCCACACGGUACGGCACAUGGUUCUGCUCCCUCCACAAAGACUGGAACAUCAUCGUUUCAUGCAUCAACCACCACAUCAACAACUCGUACAACAGACGCUCCAUCUAAAUUCGAUUCAUCAUCAACAACCAACCCUUCCAUUCAAAUUUCAUCUACCAGCCUCGUCGCAACCCACACAGAUGCAAUGAGAGCUCCUUUAACCUUCGAACCUCCCUCAUGGAUUCCUUCACACCCAUAUGAGGAACAAGAUGCAUCUGAGACUCUCCUUCCCCUCCUCGACUGCCGAGAUCCUCCCCCAAUCUACUAUGGAGUCAAAGGCUCGACCAUCACAAUCCCAUUUGACUUCUUCUCGGCAUCUGACCCUCAUGACGAUCCAAUUCUAGAUCUUUUUGUUCAGGUGGGUGUCCCAAUCAACACACUGGGAUUCGAUUUCUCUCACAUUUAUGUUUGUUAUUCCAUAGGAUCACAAUUUGAACAAAAUGACACUCUUGGCGCAUCGAUGUGA